AUGUCUUCCAUGACUCCGGACUCUAUGCCACCGUCGUUCGGUGAGCGCAGAGGGCAUCGCCUCGCACCGUUGCAGACCAACUUUAGCCCGGCGGCUGCUACGGAGACUAAAGCGCAGGCUUCACGAUUGUCGCGUCCGCGCCCGCAUGACUAUCCUAGCACCAACGGUUCCGGAGAGCCCGUUCCUCUCCAGAGUCCGGUGAAGCGCCAGUCGUCCAAGAGCAGUCUGCGCAGUUUAUUCGGUCGCGACAAGUCGACACGCGCCGCAGCGGCCCUCGAUAGCAAAUUGGCCGAGAUUGACGAGGCCCAGCAGCCUGUAACACAAAUAGUGACCGUAUCCGACGCGUCUCUUUCCCCAGACCUUUUGUCACCUCGGACAGUAGCGUCAACUCCCACCGUGACCUCCCCAACAACACCAAGGCCGCGAGCCACAUUAAAAACAACGCGAACACCACCGCCACCGCCACCACCUCCUCCUCCACAGCCAGUCAUCGACCCCAAACAGCGGUCCCAGGAACAGUAUGGUUGGAAACCCCCGCCUUUAUUCCAGGCCUACCCACAAUCGUUCAAGCAUGAGUGUUUGUCUGCGCCUGCGAUCUCCGCAGAUUCGAUCCUGCGCCUUCAUGCGACAAUGGGGAGAAGCGACGCGGACAAUGGCCGAAAAGGCUCCCAUGGCCAUAUCGAGGCGUCCGACGCGGCACGAAAGAAGAAGGAGCAAAAAGAACGAAAACAUACACGGACUGUAUCAAGUUCUAUAAAUAAGGUGGAUUGGACGAAGAAAAUCUACGUGCUCUCUACGACCGGCUAUAUCCUUCAGUAUGCAGGCGAAGGCAAAAAUGACCGUCUUCCCGAGAAGAUGCUGCCAUUGGGUCCCAAAUCGGUGGCAUUUGCCAGUGACGCCAUCCCCGGAAAACAUUGGGUGUUGCAGAUUUCUCAAAAUCCGACGGCAGAUGCCGGCCCUGAGUCCGCGGAGCCUCCCAAGUCCCGGCUGCGCUUCGGGUUCCACCGAUCGAACGCGCGACGUCUGGCAAGAAGCUUUCUCUUGGUCUUCGACAACCCCGAGUCGAUGAUCUCUUGGCUUACGGUGGUCCGGGCGGAGAUCGAAGCUCGCGGAGGGCCCAAACUUACGGCGGAGAAGCACUCUGAAGACGACAUGCCCGAGCCUCAGCUUCGGUCCAAGUCAAGUGUUCGACAAAUGGUGAGGAAAGAUCCCCAUCGCGUUUCCAGUCUAUUCCUGCAGCCGGUGAAUCUUCAAUCUUCCAACGAGGAGGAAGAUGGUCAAUCGGUCGGAGGGAUGACCUACCAGUCUCGGCGAAGCUCGUACGUUUCCAUGAAUCAGCAUUCGGCAAUUGACUCCCGAGCUGGAUCCAUGUCUACAACUACCUCCGAUGCUCAAGCCUCGUCAUUUAUCUCCGCCAACCCUCCGGUCUCCCCGACAGAAGCCCCCCGGACACACGAUAUUGAGUCAACAUAUCCUGUCAGCCUACCAACAUCCAGCCAUGACAAGCGCCAGUCUAUUUACACGUCCUCUAAACCACGAGCGAUUCCAAUUCCGAAUCGCACAGAGCAUGUCCAACCCAGCUCACCCCCAUCCACGUUCCCCGACGGCUUGGUUAGAAGCGCGUCGCCUCCAGCCCCCAACUUCAGUGUUCCUUCCUUCAGCAAAAAGUUUGCGGCGAGACCGGGGCCGACCCCCAUCUCCAACUCUCAACCUUCGUCGGUAGCGGGUGUUCUCCGAGGCGAGAGCGCCGAGUUUCCCAUGUCUACCGUCUCUUCGCCCCCGCAGUCACCUACAUACAGCAUCGCAAGCUCCCGCCGCACGGAUUCUUCAGAUCCACCAAUGGUUGCUUACGAUGCAAAGGGCCGGCGGACCUUGCGGGCAUUCAAUUCCGAGGAUGCUCUGUCAAGAGUAGUGCGGUCUGGGCAACCUGCUCCUAACUUCUCUCGCGUGCCUCGAGCGGCUGCUCCCUCCGAAAUGGCGAGCUCUCCUCCUUCCCGGCCUCUCAGCUUCGUUGGUCGUUCUGGACUGGGUAUUCAGAUGAACCCGGAGCCCCAAGUCCAGACGAUAUCUCCGCCUCUCCCCCCCUCCGGAGCCGGCACCACGCCAACCUUUGCCUCCUUUACCGACCGAGGCCCAACCUCAUCAGAGCAUGUCUCGCCGAAAGAGCAUGCCGGGUCUAGGCCUGUCAAUGGGUCCUCCAGUCGCACCACCACCAAACUGUCCGCUCCCCAAGAUCCCCCCUUCCAUUGCUGCGCAGGCGCACCUUCCACGGCCAUCCAAUGCCGCGGGAGGAUCCGAUCGAUUCUACGGCUCACAGCAGGUCCGUGA